UUGUAUAAUCUUUAAUAAAACAAUAAAUAAUUUGAAAUUAUAUGAAAUAGUCAAAGUUCAUACGUGUAUACAUAAGAACUGAAUGAGUUAAAGAAUUGUUUCUAUUGGUCGUUCAUUAGAACUGGCUAUUAGAAUUUAUGUAGAAUUGUCACCAAUUGUCACUGUCACUUUUCAAAAGUUCCUUUGACAGAUAACCUUAAUAUAUUCUCCUCUUUAAAUAAUAUAAACAGAUUACAGUGUAAGCAUGGAUUACGAUGACGAUUUCUUCUUCGAGGAGGAUAAGAUUUUGAAGGAUCAAACACUUUUACCUCCAGAUAACGUUACUUUGAGUGAAUCUAACGAUCAGGAAAAUGACUUUUUACUAUUAACCACUGUACCAUCAGCUAAUGCCCAAUCACAAUUCGCUAUGAGGGAGGAUCGCAUGUAUGCAUUGUUGUGUUCACUAUUCUACGUUUUAUUUAAGUUCUUUUUUCUUACAAAUUUGAUAUAUUUCACAUUUGUUUUUUGGUUUAUUAUCACGAGAUAUAGACCAGAUGUAGAACUGGUCGCUCAAGAUCAGUCUCUUCAUCAUCUACUUGGCACUGCUAUGGGUAUGACGAUUACUUCGGGCAACGUUGUAAUACAAAAAGACAGCAGUAAUCUUAUAGGCAUAAGCAUCGGAGGCGGAGCACCGUUGUGUCCUUGCUUGUAUAUUUUACAAAUUUUUGAUAACACGCCUGCGGCUAUAGACGGCACUUUGCAAUCAGGAGAUGAACUUGUAGCGGUAAAUGGAUCGUCGGUUAGAGGAAAGACAAAAGUAGAAGUUGCAAAAAUGAUCCAAUCUUGUGACUCUCAAGUCAGCAUCAAUUAUAAUAAACUACACGCCGAUCCCAAACAGGGUCGUACUCUUGAUAUAGCUUUAAAAAAGGUGAAACAUAGACUAGUAGAAGGAAUGGGAAGUGCAACAGCCGAUGCGCUCGGUUUAUCGCGUGCUAUUCUCUGUAACGAUGCACUCGUACAAAGGUUAAUGGCAUUGCAGCGUACAGAAAAUUUAUAUAGAGGUCUUGUUUCUCAUGCUCAAUCUACUCUACAUGCAUUUUUCGACUUAACGCAAAUGUACAAAGUAUUCGGAGAUGCGUUUGCCGCGAUAGGAGUAAGAGAACCACAGCCACGAGCUAGCGAAGCUUUCAGACAAUUUGGUGAACAGCACAGGCAAAUGGAAAAGUUUGGUGUAACGAUGCUAAAAGCUUUAAAACCCAUAUUAAACGAUUUAGGCACGUAUCUUCACAAAGCUAUUCCAGAUACUCGGUUAACUAUCAGCAAAUAUGCCGAUGCAAAAUUCGAGUACCUUUCGUAUUGUUUAAAAGUAAAAGAAUUGGACGACGAGGAACAAAGUUACGCGGCGCUACAAGAACCUCUCGAUCGAAUGGAAACGGGCAAUUACGAGUAUCGUUUGGUUUUAAGAUGUCGACAAGAAGCUCGCGCAAAAUUUGCAAAACUUCGAUCAGAUGUACUCGUAAAACUCGAGUUGUUAGAUAAUAAACAUGUUCAAGAUGUCGUGUGGCAAUUGCAAAAAUUUGCAUCCGGCUUAGGAAAAUAUUAUUCUAACGCGAGAGAUUUAUUAUCUGCCGUGACAUUGUUUCCCGUAGAAGUUGACUUGUCGCAUUCUGCAUUUCAAUAUAAAUCUACCGGACCUCAGACAAUAGCCGACGGAGAAGACGUAGAUGAAUUUGAACCCGAGGAAAAAUCAAAUAACGAAGAGCUUCUUAUAGAUACGCAAAACUUCCCACUUAUAUCAGAAUCUGAUAAUAUGUAGCAAAAAUAGUAGUACGCACCAUUAUUAAAAUUCUUAAAGAUAAUAAUUGGUGUGGGACAAAUUUUCUAAUGUACAUUUUUUUUUUUUGUUAUUUCGAAUAUAACAAUCCAUAUUCCAUUUUCAAAAUACCAUUCCAUUACAAAAAUUGAUACCAAAGAUUAUUAUUCUAAGGAAAUAUAUAUGUAUAAUAGCUAUGUGUACAAAAUUAUGUAUAUGUGUAGUACAUUUAACGUAUAUGUUAAUUAUAUGUUUACAAUAAACAUUAAUUGUAAGGUC